CAGCAAACCGCGGCGAACGCCGAACUUUUUUCUGCAUUUUCACACGAAAAACGCGCGCUUGGCUUGGCGUCUUUAGUUAAAAGCCAACGGAAUAAUAGUUGGUGUUCGCUGCAAGAUUGAAUUAAAUUAGUGCAGAGCGACGGUAAUUAAUUUGCAUUCAUUCCAAUAACCAACAUUUUAUCGCAAGAGAAGCGGAGAAGAAGAAGCAGAGGCCCAAAGCCAAAGAAGUUGACAUUGAAGUCGGAGCGCGUGUGGGGCUUGUGUGCGUUCGCGAGUGUGUUGGUGUGUGCGAAAUUCUUUUGUGCUAUAUUCAAUCUGCAAAAAGUCAAAGGUGUGAAAUAAAAGUUGCAAAACAAAUUGAAAAGCGAAAACCAAGUGCAUGCGCCGAACACUAGACGGGUAGCUGCUUCGUGCCAAUUCGAUGCUUUGUUAAAAAUCAAUAAAAUGCUGUAAUUGUUGCUGUCGCAAUUUCCGUCAACAAGCCGGAGGGGGGUCACUCUCUUUCCUUCAUACACACAUAUAUCUCUCGCGCAGUGUUCUCUCUCUAUCUCUCUCGUCGCUCGCCUUAUCGUGUUUGGCUUGUAGUUUUUAUCGUGUCCCCCAUUGGAGUGACUUUUAAUAAUACAAUUUAUCGCCUCUUUUCGGUUCACGCAAAGAAGAAAGGGAACAAUUUCCAGCUUAAAGAGAGAGAACGAGGCUGCACCCUUUGCUGGACGGGCGACUACUCAUCUAAUCGCAAUUCCCACAACAAUUAGACACUCCGACUGCACACAAGAAACCAGCCAGAAUGGUGGACUACUAUCAGGUUCUGGAUGUGGCGCGCACAGCCACCGACAGUGAAGUGAAGAAGGCCUAUCGAAAAUUAGCACUAAAAUGGCAUCCGGACAAGAAUCCGGACAAUCUGGAUGAGGCCAAUAAACGUUUUCGCGAGCUCUCCGAGGCAUACGAAGUCCUAUCCGAUGCACGUAAGCGACGGAUCUACGAUGCCCGUGCCACGCUCCACAAAUCCUCGGCGAGCAACAGCGGCAGCGCCAGCAGCAGCUACUCCCGCUAUCGCAGCAGCAGCGGAGGAGGCAGUGGCUAUGGUGGUUAUGGCCGGGACUACGACUAUGACUAUUAUCCGAGCUCCGGCCGAAGGUCCGGCAAUCGCUAUCAGGCGUUCACCUUCCGUAACUUGUUCGAGGGCACACCAUUUCACAAGCUCUUUGAGAAGAAACGUCGCAUCUAUGACGAGUACGGCAAGGAUGGUCUGGGCGAACGCGGACAGAGCCGCAACUCCCAUGCCCGUCAUCAUUACAACACACACGAGUUUGUCGAUGACUUUGAUAUUAUGGGCGGCUUUCCGUUUGUUUUCCGACCCCCCGAGGAGGUCUUCCGCGAGUUCUUUGGCGUAAAUUCGCCCUUUGCCGACUUUUUCAGAGAUGCAAAUGGCUACACAAACGGGACAAUGAGUGGUGGCGUUGGCUCGAGCAGCAGUCGACGUCAUGGGUCCAGUGCUGCGGGCGGUGGAGGAGCAUCGCGCCAUCAUCAUCACCAUCACCAGCACAAAAUGGCCAGCCCUUUUGGGGCGCCCUUGCUCAACUACUCAAUGAUGGAUUUUUUUGUGCCCAACAGCGGUUUCACCUCGUUCUCGUCCAUGGCAGCUGGCAAUGGCAGCAGUGGCGUUACCCAUAUCUCUGGUGGCCCCAGUGCUGCCGUUAAGCGCACCUCCACAUCGACGGUGUUUGUCAAUGGCCAGAAGCUGAUGACCAAGCGGGUCAUCGAGAAUGGCAAGGAAACUGUCUUUUCAUAUGAAAACGAUGUCCUUAAAUCAAAGACUGUGAACGGAGUUUCCCAAAAGCUCUCUUCAAUAUCUAAUUAAUGCAAGAAACAAAUAUAUAUAAACCAUAUACAAGCAGCAGUGGGCCACAACAACAACAACAACAGCAGUAACAACAACAGCAACAAUCAACAACAAAGAAAAAGUCAUAAAUGUAAAGGAAAACAAACACUCACGAGGAGAACCUAUAAUUUCUUGAAUGCUUCUUCGUUCCGAUAUAUGGAUACGUUCAUUGAUUUUGUUCUACAUUAGAAUUUAGUUAAUUUUUAAUGGAAAGAACAGCAGCAGCAGCCAGUAGCAGCCAGCAUCAGCAGCCGAAGCACACCCAGGACCAAGAAGCAAACAGCCGGCCAGGCGUCGAUGCCAAAAUUCCUUGUCAAUGCUAGUUAUAUUUUCAGCAAUUUGUUUCGAAAUCUUGCCACACACAAUCGAAAUUUGUAUAGCUUGGAAGCGGUAAUAUGUUUCGAGACAAAGUGACUGAAAAUAAUAAAAUCCAAAAUGAUUCGAGUAGCUACUUAAACACACGCAAUCGACAAAUGCUGUACGCUUAGGCAAUUCUGAGCCACUAAUUGUAAUUCUAGGGGUCGGAUAAGAACGUGGAAUCCAAGGGCAAGUGUGUGUCUGUGUGCAUGUGUAUAUGAAUUGGGGGAGUGUUGAGUGGAGUGGGGGGGGAAUUAAAUAUAUAUUUUAUGUAUGUACCUAGCUAUCUACCUUUAGUCACUUAAGUUGCCACAAUACUUACUAGAGAAAACAAAAUGAAAAUAAAUG